UGUUCAAUAAUCAAAAGCAAUUGUGUAAGCAGUUUAGAAAUCAACUUGCUGGACAUUUUCCCUGGUAUGUCAAACAGGCAAUUCUAGCAACUGUGAGUGGCCUACUCACCAGCGAGGCACAGUGUGAUUGGGAGCGGGGAACAAGAACACCAAGAGUGACUGGAAAGAGAAGCAGCAGCAUUUUGGUUUCAUACUCUCGGGGCCUGAGUUUCUUGAAAUCAUCACACCUACAAUAGGAAAAUGGCUGAGUUGAAGUAUAUUUCUGGAUUUGGGAACGAAUGUGCCUCAGAGGACCCUCGCUGCCCAGGUUCUCUACCAGAGGGACAGAAUAACCCUCAAGUCUGCCCAUAUAAUCUGUAUGCUGAGCAGCUCUCAGGAUCGGCUUUCACUUGUCCACGUAGCACCAAUAAGAGAAGCUGGUUGUACAGAAUUCUACCUUCAGUUUCUCACAAGCCCUUUGAAUCCUUUGAUCAAGGCCAUCUCACUCACAACUGGGAUGAAGUUGAUCCUGAUCCUAACCAGCUUCGAUGGAAACCAUUUGAGAUUCCAAAAGCAUCUCAGAAGAAAGUGGACUUCGUGAGCGGCCUGCACACCUUGUGUGGAGCUGGAGACAUCAGGUCUAACAAUGGGCUUGCUGUCCACAUUUUCCUCUGUAAUACCUCCAUGUGGAACAGAUGCCUUUACAAUUCAGAUGGGGACUUCCUGAUUGUUCCCCAGAAAGGGAAACUUCUCAUUUACACCGAGUUUGGCAAGAUGCUUGUGCAGCCCAAUGAGAUCUGCGUCAUUCAGAGAGGGAUGCGCUUCAGCGUAGAUGUCUUCGAGGAGACCAGGGGCUACAUCCUGGAGGUGUACGGCGUCCACUUCGAGUUACCUGACCUGGGACCCAUUGGAGCCAACGGCUUGGCCAAUCCUCGUGAUUUCUUGAUACCUGUUGCCUGGUAUGAAGAUCGUCAAGUUCCAGGUGGUUACACUGUGAUUAAUAAAUACCAGGGCAAACUGUUUGCUGCAAAACAGGAUGUAUCCCCAUUCAACGUUGUGGCCUGGCAUGGGAACUAUACUCCCUACAAGUACAAUUUGGAGAACUUCAUGGUCAUCAACUCAGUGGCCUUUGACCACGCAGACCCAUCCAUUUUCACCGUGUUGACUGCCAAGUCUGUCCGCCCUGGAGUAGCCAUCGCCGAUUUUGUCAUCUUCCCCCCUCGUUGGGGGGUUGCCGACAAGACCUUUAGGCCUCCUUAUUACCACAGGAACUGCAUGAGUGAGUUCAUGGGACUCAUCAGAGGCCACUACGAGGCAAAGCAAGGUGGGUUCCUGCCAGGGGGAGGCAGCCUGCACAGCGCAAUGACCCCCCAUGGGCCUGACGCCGACUGCUUUGAGAAGGCCAGCAAGGCCAAGCUGGCUCCAGAGAGGAUUGCUGAUGGAACCAUGGCAUUUAUGUUUGAAUCUUCUCUAAGUCUGGCUGUCACCAAGUGGGGACUUAAGACCUCCGGUUGCUUGGACGAGAACUACUACAAGUGCUGGGAGCCUCUCAAGAGCCACUUCACCCCCAAUUCCAGGAACUCAGCAGGACCUAAUUGAGACUGGAGCAUUGCUAACAUAAUUUAGAGUGGAUUCAUGUGGUUUCCUUGAGAAUUUCCUGCUCCCUGGUAGUAUUGGGGGAGGGGGUUGGUUAAAGUGAAAACUCAAUUUUCAGUCAAGUAACUAGAACCUUUGUGGAAGUGCCUUUGGAUCAUUGUAUGGUGGUCAGCCUAAUAACUCAAUAAAUGCAUGCUGGUGUUCUGUGAAA